CGGGCAGCAAAAUUCUCGGAAGUGCUGCAAAAGACUGACCGUUGGCAAGAAGCAUGGGAGACAAGAGCAAGAAACUCGAGUUCAUUGAUGUAUCAGCCGAGCCUCAUGACUCCCCAGUGACAUCUCCUCGCUCCAGGGCCGCCACGGCCUCGUCUUCGGUUGAAAACUCCCCACGCGCUGUACCGGCGUCUGCUGGCCUGUUGUCGGGGGUGACCGAGUCGGUCCGCAAAGCCAAGCAUCCCGUGGCAGCCUCGUUCCAUUUGCUCUUCAAACUCCUCGCGCUCGGCGUGUACAUUUUGGGUGGGUUUGUCUCGAACAGCUUUGUGUUUAUCUUUGUCAUCUGCGUGUUGCUACUCGCGUUUGACUUCUGGACAGUCAAAAACGUGUCGGGCCGACUCCUCGUCGGGCUGCGGUGGUGGAAUCGCAUCAACGAAGACGGGUCCAACGAGUGGGUAUUCGAGUCGCUCGAGGACAUGUCCGAGAUCGACCCCCUCGACGCCAAGAUCUUCUGGACGGCCCUCUACGGCGCGCCGGGCGUCUGGACGCUAUUCCUCCUCGUGGCCGUGCUCAAGUUCAACGUGGAAUGGGCGCUCAUCGCCAUCGUGGCCCUGACGCUGUCGGGCGCGAACGUGGUCGGGUACACGAAAUGCAGCAAAGACGCCAAGUCCAAGAUGCACUCGAUGAUGACCACCGGCGCGCUGGAAGCGUUGCACUCGUCCGCGGGCGCGUCGAUCCUGUCGACGAUCACGAACCUCGCCUUCUCAAAUGCCGCCAAUGGCAGCGGUCGGUCGUCUUCGCGACAGCAACCGGCGCACCCCAGUGUCGUCGUGUAGUUUUCUCGCGUAUAAAUACAUGGACGAGAACGAUGGUUGCACUGUGUUUGUGUACGUACUAAGCGAUCGUCACACUGUAUACUACUAGUAUACUCACAUGAUUCGACAAUAACAAUAUGGUAUGAUCAACAUUAUACACUUGGUAUUAGUAACUAUUAAAAUAGUUACUUCACUUGUUUACACUUGGUAUGAAUAAUGUAUUAGAAUAGUUACUAUAAUAAUAC